AUGACCAUACAGAAGACACGCCUCAAGAGCGAAGUCAAUUCAAGUAAACCCCGAGAGCGGGGUGCCUCAUCCGAACAUCAACUAUCAUCUAUUCGAAAAGAACCAUUUACUCAUUUAUCUGAAAAAGAACUAAUAGAGGAAGCUAACAGAGUACUAGCUCAAGCAAAAAGCGUUACAUGUACCACCGAUCAAUCACCAGAAAAAUUCUUCUCACUACCAUACAGAAGGAAAUUCAAAGAAGAAAGAUCUGGCAGACGGAAUAGUGACGACGCAGGAUCUCCAGACGGUACAGUUAAAUCACCUCUUGGUAGAUCUACAAGUGAUGUAACGGCUAAGAAAAGAAAAGAACGAACCUCACUUUCAACACUGUUUAGAAGAGCGCAAAGAAAUAAAAGCCCAGAUGCACCAGUUGUUGUCACUACAAAGCCAGUGGUUGUAGUGAAACGUAGCAAAAGCGACGUAUCUGAUUUGAAAUCGAAUACGACUUUAAACAGUCAAAACAAACCUAUUCGUAAAAGGUCAGGCAGUGAGACUGAAGAGUUUCUCAAAUCUUUAAGAAAUAAAAAGACACAACUGUCACCUAUUAUUGAAAGUUCUCCCAGAGAAGAUUAUUUCAAAAAGACACCACCUUUAGAAGUAUUUCAGAAAGAAAAAUUAAAACAAAAGAACUCUAACAAGGCUGAUGAACAGAAAAAUACAUCUACGGACAUUAAAAAAGUUAACCCAGUUGAAAAACCUCCAAGAUACAAAACUCCUGAUAAACCAGAUUUAAAAUCAUCGACUAAAUCAAAAAGAGGAAAAACAAAUGAAAAAGAAUCUUCACCUGCAAUAAUUGACACACCAAAACGAAAAACUGACAUAAAAAAGACCAUAUUACUUGAUGAAAUUGAUUCUUCCAAACAGGACAUAAAUCAGAAAGAAACAAAACAGUCAACGAUUAACAGUACUUUGAUACAACAUAUUGAUGUAAAUAUCCAUGGUGAUAAGGAAAUGAAACAUAGUAGCCAACAGCCACCAGAAAAACCACCAUUAACGCGAGGGCAAACCGUUGAUCAACUUGUAAAGAUUUUAAAAGAAGAUCAAGAUUCGCCGCCACCGAAAGCACACUUAAUCGCGCCACUUAACGGAAGCAAUAUAAAUCAACCAUUUUCCUACACAAAGCCUAGUGCAAGUCCUGACCCUAAUUUAUUUGUAAGGACUACAAGUCCUGAUAGAGUACCAACUCCCGUUAACAAAACGGAAAAAAGUAUUGUUUAUGCACAAGUUGUAAAAGACUCAAAAGAUACAAUGCCAACGUUUGGAAAAGCAAAAGUAUACUCGCCACGAGUCGAGAAACAUGGUAACUACUCAGACGAAGACGAAGGCCUGGGUUACGAAGAAAGAUACAAAUAUUCUUUGGAUCGUAGCUACGAUUAUAAAUACAAAAAUAAUGAAAAUGAAAACAUAGUAACAUCAACACCAAGAUAUAGAGAAUAUAAAUUAACAAACUUUGAAGAACCCGAGCCUACUUAUGCUAACGAAUAUACAAGUAAAGAUGUACAAAAUAAUUUUGAUAGUUUUCGAGGUAGAGGCGAUGGUAUGGACACUAAGCGGAAACAAACCGAACCUGAACUUACUAAACUCGACUUGGAUUUUAACGAACUCAGUCACCGGCGACAACUUUUAGAAUCACGUUUAAACGCUCGUCGGUUAGAUCGUGUAAAAGUAAAUACAGAUGAAACUUUUACUAAAUUUAUUAUGGAAAAUGAUCCCAUAUAUGAAGCCGAAAAACGUAUGAAAGCUACUGAAAAAUAUGUAAACGAGACAGCCAGAUAUUAUCGGCAUACUUUAGAAAGAGAUGGAUACGUAGAAAAGCCGGAAUAUGAACCUCCCAGUCUUGAAUCCAAUCCGCGUAAACCAAUACAUUCACCUGACGAAUACAUAGAGAAGAAGUACAGAGCUAAAAAACAUUUCACUUCUAGUCAUGAUCUUUUACAAACUGGACAGAAAUACAAGGGUAAAGAAGAAGUGUUUGGUCAAAGGAAAGGACAUUAUGCGUCAAAUCCAGAAAUAGCUCAAGAGCGUGACGACGAUUAUGCAAAUCUUCGAUACAAUGGAAAGAAUAGUGACACAUAUCACAACUCUUUGCGUCGUGUUAAAAACAAAGACAAGCAAUAUAAAGAAGAUUUCGGAAUACGUCGACAUGAUUCGGGUGAUAGCCGAGACUAUUACCGAGAGGAACGAUCACCUCGUAGAUUCGACUUUGAUAACCGAUUAGUCGAUUCAGGUAUCGAAAACGAUUUUCGUAAAGAUUCCAGCGGGGAAAUACAUAGGACUAGACAUAGGAGACAUGAUAGCGAUGAAGAUGUACACAAUACAUCUUUAUUUUUGGCAAGCGAAAGGAGACAUACCGAGGACAAUUAUCCAAGUGAACAAAUUUAUGCUAAUGGAGAAUACCUGGCUACUUUCAAAGAAUAUAAACCAGAUGAUAGAAAAGAAUAUGUGUCCAGAGAACGUAGCGGUGACGAUGGUUCCAAUUUUGAACCUAAACAUAACAGAUAUGACAAAAGCCCCAGUAGACACGGCGAAAAAGUCAGUGCGAAACCUCCUAAAGCUACAAAGAAGCUUUCUGGACUUGAAAAAGUGAAGCAACUAUUCUCUCGCGACUCUUCAAAGAAGAGCAAGAAAGAGAAAGAAGUAGUCCAGCCAAAGAGUCGCACUCGGGUACUCAAGAGCCCUGAACAUCUUGCUAGAGACGAUUCCGAGUACAGAAGGUACACUGACCCAGAACCGAGUGAUAUAGAUGUUAGAAAACGAGAUUAUGAAUCUAAAGAUGUAGAAAGGAGAUACAAAAAUUCAAGAGAAGAUUUAGAUAAAUACACAAGAAAUGAUCCUCGAGAGAAUAAUGAUAAGAAGUACAGAACAACGGAGUAUGAUGGAAGAUAUGACAGAACCCUAAAAGGAGACAGAAAAUACAAGAAUCAUGAAGAUGAAAAGAGACGGUAUAACUCGUCAGACAGGGAGAGUGAUCGCCAAUCAAGACCGUCCGAUAUUGAGAGUGAUAGAAGAAAAACUAGAUCAAGAACUGCUGGACCACUUGAUUCACCUGCUUUGGCUCUUUGA